UAAUAAGCCGAAUUUUCAUAAGAUGCGAGUCUUCAUUGCGUUUGCGACACUUUGUUUGGCAACGUGUGCUGCUAACAAAAAAAUUGUCUGCUACUUUGGUAGCUGGUCAGUUUACCGCCCGGACAAUGGAAAAUUUGACAUUGGGUUCAUAGACCCGACGCUGUGUACUCAUUUAAUUUACACAUUCGUUGGAAUGCAAAACGCUGACAUACAAGUACUUGAUCCCUGGCAAGAUUUACCGGAUGAUUAUGGCAAGAACGGAUUCGGUCGUUUCAAUGCUCUGCGAAAGAAGAGUCCAUCGACCAAGAUAAUGAUAGCAAUCGGUGGCUGGAAUGAGGGUUCAGCGAAAUACUCCGCGAUGGCGGAUGAUCCGGAAUUGAGGGAACGUUUUGCGGACAAUGUUGUAGCAUUUGUGAAGAAAUGGGGCUUUGAUGGAUUCGAUCUCGACUGGGAAUAUCCUAAUCAACGUGGUGGCUCAGCUAAGGACGUUAAGAACUUCGUUGAACUGGUGAAGGUAUUGAGACAGAGAUUCGAUAAAGAAGGAUUGAUACUGAGUGCUGCCGUAGCUGCCGCUGAAUCGUCGGCAUCUAAAUCGUAUGAUAUUGCUGAGAUGAGCAAGUACUUGGACUUUAUAAACCUGAUGGCUUAUGACUUCCACGGCGCCUGGGAACCCACGACUGGUCUCAAUGCCCCAUUGCACGCUGCUGCAAGUGAUUCAUACGAAGCUCGCGGAUUAAAUUCGGAAGCAGCAGUUAAGUACUGGUUAUCCAAAGGAGCUCCCAAAGAAAAAUUGAUCCUCGGAGUCCCGACCUACGGACGUGCCUUCACUCUUACGAAUCCCCAAUCCCACGGAAUUGGUGCCGCUUCCUUAGGAGUUGGUGCCGCAGGACCUUACACUCGAGAAGCAGGAAUGCUUGGUUACAACGAAAUCUGCGAGAUGCAGAAGAACGGCGGAUGGAAUGUCAACUACGAUGAAGAAAGACAAGCCCCAUGGGCACACAAGGAUCGUCAAUGGAUCGGUUUCGACAACAUUAAAUCAAUAAAAGCAAAGGCCGAGUUCGCAAAACAAUUGGGUCUAGGUGGUGCCAUGGUCUGGUCCAUCGAAACCGACGACUUCCGCGGAAUUUGCGGUGAAAAAUACCCGCUGCUAAAAACACUCAAAGCCGUUUUACUCAACGGUGAAGAGGUCUCCCAAGACCAGGAUACCGUUGACAAUAAUGAGGUUCCUAAUGAAGUGGAUGAACCAAAUAACUCAGACGAUUCAACUUCAACAGACAACGAACCUAGACCUCCACCACCAACUCCCAGCGGUAAUUGCCAAGCAGAAGGACCCGCGGCCAUACCAGGUUCCUGCGGCUUUGUAAUAUGUUCGAUAAAUGAACAUGGGGAAUUAAAAGAGACUCCAAUGAACUGUCAUCCAUCUCUUUGCUUCAAUCCUAAAAAACUUGUUUGCGACUGGCCAGAAAAUAAUUGAAACAUCUCAACUCCAUCUCGAAACCAGAACCGAAAACAAUGUUUUUUUUUAAUAGUUAACUUUGUAGUAACUCUGUUAUUAAACCUUGAAAUAUAAUUUAUCUUAU